UGUCAGACUGCAGUACUUCGAAGUAUGUCAGAGCUGGACUUAGCUAAAGUCCUGCCUCUUGGGCGUCAGCAUAGCCUCUUCAACGGUCUUGAAGUUGUGUUGAAAAACAUGGGACAUUUGAUCCAUCAGUACCUGCCUGAAAUUCUACAGAUUCUGCUUUGCAUGACGGCUGUGGUAUCCUGUAUCCUCCAGCAAAGAGAGAAGAUCCAACCUCGGUUGCUUAAUCCACUGAAGAAUUUGAGACGUCUUGGACUCAAGCUUGUGGCAGAGUUUUUUUCUGAUUAUGAGACCUACAGCUUUAGUGUGGAAGAGAUUGAUGCAGUUUUCCAUGCAGUGGUAUGGCCUCAGGUCUGCAGAUUGGCUUCAGAGAGUCAGUAUUCUCCAACUUUUCUCCUCAAACUCAUUCACACCUGGAGUAAGAAUCCCAGGUAUUUCCCCUUGCUGGCCAAGCAGCAAUCAGAUCACCCAGAGUGUGAUAUACUGUCAAAUGUGUUUGCUGUGCUGUCAGCCAAGAAUCUGUCUGAGGCCACGUCCAAUGUUGUGAUGGACAUAGCUGAUAGCCUUCUCAACAGCCCAGAUUUUGAACCCACGGAGCAGGUUUCCAGUUUGAGCGUGACUGACUGUGUUGUCAUGGCCACUGGGGAUGUGACAGAAGAGACCCUUAGCCUAGGUUGCCGCUUGGUUCUGCCUCAUGUUCCUGCCAUACUUCAGUACUUCAGCAAAACAAUGUUAAAUGUGGAGAAGGUGAAAAAGAAGAAGUAUAGAGCUCAAGUCAGCAAAGAGCUGAGUAUACUUUCAAAGAUCAGCAAAUUUAUACAAGAAAAGAGUCAGAAUUCAGUCCUUGUGAGCCUUCUCCUCCCUUUCCUUUAUCAGAGUAACAUGGAGCAGGGUACAGAGAUUGACAUUCUGGAGACAGUGCAGAACUUGCUGAGGCAUUGCGCAAACCCUACAAGCUUUCUCAAACCACUGGCAAAGCUUUUUUCUGUCAUCCAGAACAAGCUGUCUCGACAUAAGUUGUGCUUGGUAUUUCAGACUUUAUCUGAUUUGGACAAUGAAUUGAAGUAUAUUACCGAUGUUGUUAAGCUGAAUGCCUUUGAUCAACGACAUCUCGAUGAUAUCGACUUUGAUGUACGUCUGUCAGCAUUCCAGUCGAUCACAGCCCACAUCAAGGAAAUGCAAGCAGUGGAUAUCGACUUCCUCAUCGCUGUUAUGCACAACUGCUUCUAUACCAUCCAGCUAGGGGAUAUGGCUCUUAGUGACAAUGCAAGCCUUUGCUUGACCAGUUUUAUCCACCGACUGGCAGAAAUUGACCACACAGAAGAUGAGUACAAGGAACUAAUCCAGCACACUCUCCUGGAGUCUGUGAGGAGGGGGCUGAAGAGUAAGACUGAGAGCAUCCAGCAGGACUACACGUCGUUGCUUUCCUGCCUCAUUCAAACGUUCCCAGCAAAUCCUGAAUUCCGGGAUUUGGUCCAGUUGACCAACCGCCAUGAUCCCGACAUGGACUUCUUUGAGAACAUGAAACACAUGCAGAUCCACAGGAGGGCACGAGCUCUGAGGAAACUGGCUAAGCAGCUCACUGAAAAAAAGCUUAUGCUGUCUUCUAAAUCCCUGCAGAACUACAUCAUGCCUUAUGCUACUACUGCCAUUUUUAAUGAAAAAAUGCUUAAGCAUGAAAAUAUGGUAACAGCCUCGGUUGAAGUUGUUGGAGCUGUCUGCCGACAUCUCUCGUGGUCAGCGUACUUGUACCACUUAAAGCAUUUCAUCCACGUCCUGCAAACAGGACAGAUCAGUCCAAAGCUGGGAGUCAGCUUGUUAGAGACAGUGCUGGAAGCCUUUCACUUUGACUAUGAAACGCUUGAAAAGCAGCUUGUGACCAUUGACAACCAAGAAGCUGCUGCCAUGGACCUUGAGCCAGUGUUGGAGGCUGAAGAAGCCAUGGAGCUGGAGCAGAGUGAAGGAGAAGAGGAGGUGGUUGAGGAAAAGAAAGGGAAGAAUCUCCCUGAGGAGCCAGCAGAACCUGAGCAAGCAGCUGAGACAUCUAAAGAUGCUGUGCAAGUGGUCAAACCUGUUUCUUUCUUACCCCGAAAUAAAGAAGAGCUGGAGUGUCUCAUCAAACACAUUCAAGAUACAGUUACAGUCAACAUCUUGCCUAAAUUGCACAGGUGUAUUGUUGCAAAGGUUAAAAGAGACGAGGAACACAAGCUUGUGAAAUCCAGCGUUGUGAAUGAUGAUGAGGUAGUUCGUGUUCCAUUAGCUUUUGCAAUGGUCAGAAUGAUGCAGUGUCUUCCCCAAGAAGUGAUGGAAGCCAACCUGCCAAGAACUGUGAAGCAAGUUGCAGUGGUAGGGGUGGCAGAGCUGGGGAAAGAACAACGUACAGGAAAAAAAGGACAAUCGUUGCUGAAAGUCUGCACUUUUCUGAGGAACAGAUUUCAGGAAAUCCGGGACAUCGCCCGUAACACCCUCACUAAAAUCAUGGAAGUGUUGGGAGUGCACUACCUUCUGUACAUCUUAAAAGAGAUGCAGUCCACUCUUGUCCAUGGGUACCAGCUCCAUGUGCUGACUUUCACUGUGAACCUGUUACUGAAGGGCCUUUCUACCAGACUCAGCGCUGGUGAUUUGGACCCCUGCUUAGAUAUCCUGAUUGAGAUUUUCAACCAAGAGUUGUUUGGGAAUGUAGCUGAAGAGAAGGAAGUAAAGGGAAUUGUCUCCAAGGUCAUGGAAGCACGCAAGAACAAGAGUUAUGAUUCCUAUGAAAUUCUUGGAAAGUUCAUAGGAAGGGGCCAGGUGACGAAACUUAUUCUGCCACUGAAAGAGGUUCUGGAGAGCACCACAAGCUUGAAGAUAGUCCGGAAGGUGCAUGAGGCACUGCGUCACAUCAUGGCAGGGCUGAUCUUCAAUUCAGACAUGAAUGCGGAAUCCCUCCUCCUCCUCAGUCAUGGUCUCAUCAGUGAAAACUUGCCUCUGCUCACUGAGAAGACCCAAAAAAAAGUUGCCCCUCCUCCAGAUCCUCGGCUGCAACCAGAGAGCUGCCUGCUGCUCCCACCCACUCCCACAAGAGGAGGGCAGAAAGCACGUGUCAGCAGCAGGACAAACACGUAUAUCUUGGUUGAUUCAGGACUUCGGCUUCUGCACAUGAGCCUGAAGAGGUCCAAAGUAAAUUCUUCUGAGGAAUGUGUUUUGGAAAUGUUAGACCCUUUUGUUCAGCUCCUUAUAGACUGCCUGAAAUCUAUGGAUGUCAAGGUCGUAACUGGUGCUCUGCAGUCCUUGGUAUGGAUUUUAAAGUUCCCUUUGCCUUCUGUCAGUACAAAUCUGGAGCCACUGAUCAAGCAGCUUUUCCUCUUGCUAAAAGAAUUUGCCAAGACAGGAAUAGCCAAAGGCCAGAAUUUCCACUUGGUUGUGAGCUGUUUCAAAUGUGUGACAGUACUUGUGAAGAAUGCAAAGAGUCAGAUAACCAGCAAACAGCUCCAAGUGUUGCUUGGCUUUGCUGAGGAAGACAUUUACGAUUCAUCACGCCAAGCCACUGCCUUUGGCCUUCUCAAGGCUAUUUUAUCCAGGAAGUUGAUUGUCCCUGAAAUUGAUGAUGUGCUGCAGAAGGUUGCCCAGCUGGCCAUCACGGGGCAGAGUGAACCGGUGCGAGUCCAGUGCAGGCAGAUUUACUUAAAAUAUAUUCUGGACUACCCCCUUGGUGACAAGCUGAAACCCAAUCUGGAUUUCAUGCUAGCACAACUGGAGUAUGAGUAUGAAACUGGAAGGGAAUCUGCACUGGAGAUGAUUGCGUACCUCCUUGACAUGUUCCCACAGGAUCUCCUCCACAAAUACUGCGGGCUGUUUUUUCUCUCUCUCUGUAUGAUGAUGAUAAAUGAUGACUCUGCCAAAUGCAAAAAGAUGGCAGCUUUGACGUGUAAAUCUCUGCUCAGUAAGAUAAACAAUGAAAAACAAGAUCUGAUGUUUUCACUGGUCACAGAGUGGUUUCACAGCAAGAAGAGCUCACACAGGAGGUUGGCUGCCCAGGCAUGCGGUUUGUUUGUUGAAGUGGAGGGAGUAAUGUUUGAACGGCGGCUUGAAGCUGUCCUCACCUUGAUUGAAAAAGAAAUCAACCCGACUAAAUUUGAAGACAUAACUGAAGAGGAGGAGGAGAAGGCUGCAGACAGGCUGCUAUUCAGCUUUCUUGUGCUGGUAACAAAGCUAAUCACAGAGUGCAACUUGAUUCAAUUAACCAAGAACAGUGAUGUUGUGAGCAAUAUCUGGGGUCAUGUCCAGUCUCACCUGUGGUAUCCUCACAGCUGGGUUUGGCUGACAGCUACUGAGAUCUUUGGCUUGUUGUUUGCAUCUAACAAGCCAGAAGAUCUUGUCAAUGCGUGGAGGGAAAGAAAGGCAGGGAAGAGGAAGAAGACGUCAGUAGAGCUGUCUGCAUCCACAGUCUUCUUGACUGCUGAACUGGACAAAAAGAUGAAGGAACUUGCGUUUGCAUUCUGCCAUCAGCUGCAGUCCAAGUUCCUGGACCUGUCUCUGGGAGAGCAGGUUAUAAAGAAUUUGCUUUUUGUGGCCAAAGUUGUUUACUUGCUAGCCCCUGCCUUAGAAGAAGAAAAAGAGGCUGAAGGAGAACUCGUCUGUGAAGUGGAAGAGCAGGAGGCCGAAGGAGAUGAGGAAGAGAAAGACAUUUCUGCUCAAGGAGAGGGAGAAAGAGAGGACACAGAAGAGAAGGGCCGGCCAGCCACAUUGCUGUGGUUAAUGAAGAAGCUCUCUCUUAUGGCAAAGCGAGAAGCAGCCUAUUCCCCUAAGGUCCCUUUAAAGAGAAGCUGCGUCUUUAAGUUCCUGGGAGCGAUCUCGGUGGAUCUGGGGAAAGACAGGAUCAAGCCGUACCUUCCCACAAUUCUCAGCCCUCUGUACAGGGAGCUGAACAGCACCUAUGCAGAGCAAGAUCCAACACUGAAGAACCUUUCCCAAGAAAUCAUAGAACUGCUCAAGAAGUUGGUUGGACUGGAGGCUUUUUCACUUGCCUUUUCUUCUGUGCAGAAACAGGCCAACCAGAAAAGAGUGAUGAGGAAAAAGCAGAGGGCUUUGCAGACUGUAGCAAACCCUGACAUUGCUGCGAGGAGAAAGCUGAAGAGACACAAGAAUAAAGCGGAAACCAGGAAGAGAAAAAUAGAAUUCCUGCGCCCUGCCUACAAGGCCAAGAGACCUCGAAGUCAUGCACUGAAAGAUUUAGCAGUGGUGGAAUGAAAAGGCUUUUCCUUCCCCGAGGAUUAAUUUAUAAAAUGUAACUUCAAGCUAAAGAACUAAUUAGUGUUUAAAAAAAAGUAUUUACAUAUUUUAAUUGUAUUUAUUAGUAUUUUUUCAUGUCCUCUUUUUCAUCUAGGAUCUUAAAUAAAAGCUCUUCAAUUUUUUCCAGACCUGGCUAUUUACCAGAGCAUGUACAGUUGAAUGGACAACCACCAUGAUCUUUUAUAUUAAAUUUUACUUUGUUUUUA